UAGCAAGGCACUGUGGCACUCGUGGGCACCAACUGGGUACUGAGAGAGUGUUGUGGUACCAUCCAGUGGGUAUAUAACCGGGCAUCAGUACCCAAAAUACCGUCACCUCUAAAUAAUCGGAAAAUAAUCGAAAAAAAUAAUCAGAAAAAUCAAAAUUCUCUCUAAUUAAUCGUAUUUCCUGGCUAUAAUUUCGAGUGUUUGAUAAUUAAUUGUUUUUUUUUAGUUAAUCAUUAUACAGUAAGGAACUACAGUGGUAUAGUGAAAUGUUAAACACUAUGAGUAUUUAUUUGUCUUUAUAAAUCAAGAUAAACUUCACCCGACGAGAUUCACCCGACGAGACUCACCCGACGAGACUCACCCGACGAGACUCACCCGACGAGACUCACCCGACGAGACUCACCCGACGAGACUCACCCGACGAGACUCACCCGACGAGAUUAACCCGACGAAAAUGGUUAAAGAAACAGACUAUUACGACCGACUUGGUGUUCAACCCGACGCCACUCCCGACCAACUCAAGUCGGCAUACAGGAAGUUGGCUCUACAGUACCACCCUGAUAAGAAUCCUGAAGGAGGUGAUAAGUUUAAACAGAUCUCUCAGGCCUAUGAAGUCUUGUGUGAUCCCAAGAAGAGGCAGAUAUAUGAUGAGGGUGGUGUAGAGGCAGUGCAGCAGACUGGCAGCGCAGGAGGCACGUUUAGAAACCCAAUGGAUAUAUUCAACAUGUUUUUCGGCGGCGGUGGCGGAGGAAUGCCCGGCGAAGAUGAAGAUAUCUACGAUGAUGAUGAUGAAGAAGGUGGUGGUGGAGGCUUCAACUUCUUCAGGAACGGGGGCUUCGGUGGGAGUGGCAGCAGGGGACAACACACCAAACCUCCACCUAUGGAACACCGUCUGGUCGUCUCCUUAGAGCAGCUGAUGGUCGGUGGGCGAAGAAAAUUGAAAUUGGAUAGAAAACGACCCUGUCAGAGCUGUGGUGGCAGGGGCGGCAGGGAGAACGCCUUUACCGAGAACUGUGUCCCCUGUCAUGGCAAGGGGGUCAAGCUGACGUAUCAACAACUCGGGCCGGGAUUGGUUGAGAUGCACGGCACCUGUUCAAACUGUGGUGGGUCUGGCAGAGUGAUUUCUGAAGCGGACAGGUGUACGGUCUGUCAGGGUGCUCGUACAGUUAAUGACACCAAGAUCACUCAGGUACACGUGGAGCGAGGGAUGAGCCACGGUACGAGGGUGACCUUGAAGGGCGAGGGUGACCAGGAGCCAGGUCAAGAGCCAGGUGACGUCAUCAUUAUCUUGCAGGAGAAACAACAUCACACCUACGUCAGGAAGGGCCUUGACCUACACCUGGAGAUGAAGAUCACCUUAGUCGAGAUCACUGUGCGGGUUUCGAAGUGUCUCUACGUGGACGGACGAACUCUAGCUAUCAGUAAACCACAAGGGUAGAGUUAUAGAGCCAGGGACCGAGCUGAUGGUGGCAGCUGAGGGCCUUCCUAUGUUGAGAAUCCUUUGUCAGAGGAGACUUGUUCCUGAAGUUUACUGUGGUGAGUGUGUGUGUGUGU